GUGGGCGGUGCGGAGCCUGCGCAGAGCAGCGCAGGUCGGCAAGAUGGCGCAGGACAAAGAGAAAAAGAAGAAAGAAAGCAUCUUGGACCUAUCUAAGUACAUUGACAAGACCAUCCGAGUGAAGUUCCAGGGUGGCCGGGAAGCCAGCGGGAUCCUGAAAGGGUUUGACCCACUGCUCAACCUGGUGCUGGAUGGAACCAUUGAGUACAUGAGAGACCCUGAUGACCAGUACAAGCUGACAGAAGACACACGGCAGCUGGGGCUUGUGGUGUGCCGAGGCACCUCAGUGGUGCUCAUCUGCCCACAGGAUGGCAUGGAGGCUAUCCCCAACCCCUUCGUGCAGCAGCAGGAUGCCUAGGUGGAGAGCGAUCUGGCCCCAAGGACCUUCCUUCCUGUGUGAACUUUGUUUGGUGUUUUACUUUUGGAUUUUGUUUCUGGUUUUUUAUUUUGUUUUUUAAUAAAAUUGCCCACUUGAGCACCCA